AUGUCCGAGUUUGUCAGACAAGCCGCCCUGGCGCUUCUUCUCCUCUCAACCUGGUUUCGCUGUUCGGCGUCGGCUUCUGACAGGCACGGCGCUCCUAUUUACGUCAAAGCGGAUGAAUCCAUUCAAGCGGCCAUUGACACGUCUUACCCAGGUCAAUUGAUUAUCGUUGAAGCCGGUACCUACGCAGAACAGCUGACAAUCAACACCCAUGGGUUGCAGCUGGUCGGCAGAGGAGCUGUCCUCGUCCCACCUAGCACUUUCAUGCCAAACAUCUGCUCCGGCUUAGCAGGCCCUGAUACCGAGGCCGGAAUAUGCAUCACUGGCCAGGGCGUCGAAGUGGCAGACUUUGUGGUUGAGCACAGGAAAGUCCUCUCGGUUGGCACACCUGUGAAGGAUGUGCUCGUCACUGGUUUCGAAGUCAAAGGCUUCUCGGGUCUAGACAUAUCCGUCGUUGGUGGUCAGGAUGUGGUAGUAACUGGAAACCUCUUGUACGAUGGAGCACAGUACGGCUGCUUGACGGUAGGCUCGAAGAAUACCCAUGUUGACGCCAACACUGUCGCCUCUAGUACUGCGGAUGUGCCUUUCAUCGGCAUCUGCAUGGACGAUAUGUCCGAUGUUCGAGUCACGAAUAAUCACAUCGACGGUUACGUAAUUGGCCUAUGCGUGCAAACCAACGACGCAUACGUCUUUGGCAACGACGUCCACAACACCUGUUACGGAGUCUUCGUCGAUCCGGGGGUUACUGGCGCACAGAUACUCAACAAUCAUUUUGACAGCGGGAACCCCGUUUGCCUCACAAUCCCGGGAGGAGAUGUUGGAGUCCUCUUGUCUGGUCCCAUGAACACCGUGGUCAGAGGAAAUCUGGUCGAAGGCUGGACUGCGAAUGGCGCUCCGAACGGAACGUCGGGAGGGCUAGCGAUUAUCGAUGACCCCACAGGCGCGAUCGCAUCCGGCAAUAUGGUCACUAACAAUGUCCUGCGGAACAACGAUUAUGAUGUGUACGUGCAGACGACUGGCACUGGUAACGUUGUUGAGGGGAAUCAAUGCUCCAUCUCGGUUCCGGCAGGACUCUGCGGUUGA